UAAAAUACUAAUACACAUAGUGUGUGCUGGUGUAUGUAACCUUCACCAGUCCAGAGUAUACAAACGUUUUCAGCAUUCAGCAACAUAACCAAUCCUCAGAACAAACGUCUUUAUCUGAAGCUGAUUCUCUUGUUUUGUCCACCCCAUUUAUAACACAGACAGUAUUAGUGUAUGAGUAACGGGGAUUUCUAAUAAUGCCGAGACGUAGCUGUAGGGAAGUAGGAAACCACAGAUAGCUGAGAUCAUCUCACAAGCAGCAGUGUCCUGCUGUACCGGCCGGAGGCAGCACUGCAGGUCGAGUCUGCCGGAGAGGAAGAGAAAGAAGAAGAAGCUGCUGCAUGCCAUCCAGCCUCCACACCAGCUGGUGGCGGUGCGGUUUCCAACGUCGUUAACCCACGAAGAAGAAGGACAGGCAUGGAGGCGCUGCGUGUGCUGGAGCUGUACAGCGGAAUAGGAGGGAUGCAUUACGCGCUGAAGGAGAGUGGCAUACCUUUCCAGGUGGUGGCUGCCAUCGACAUAAACACCACAGCCAAUCAAAUCUACAGGCACAACUUCCCUGACACCCCCCUUUGGAACAAGACCAUUGAGGGCAUCGCACUAGAUGACUUCAACAAACUAGCCUUCGACAUGCUUCUGAUGAGCCCUCCUUGCCAGCCUUUCACCAGGUUAGGACUUCAGGGCGACGUUUCUGACCCGAGAACCAAGAGCUUCCUCUACAUACUUGAUCUUCUGCCAAGGCUGAACAGGCUGCCCCGCUUCAUCCUGCUGGAGAACGUGAAAGGCUUUGAGAGUUCUUCCACCAGGGAACGUUUGGUGAAAACACUAAUGGAAUGUGGAUACACUUUCCAGGAGAUCAUGGUCUCACCCACAAGUGUUGGGAUCCCAAAUUCAAGACUACGUUACUUCCUGAUUGCUAAGAUGUCAACAGAAAACUUCAGUUCCCAGGUUAGGCUGGCUGCCAGUACUCCUGGUAAUGUAGGAAAGAAAUGUGUAUCACUGUUACUCUGGAUAAUCAGGAGACCUCACUGUAAACUUUUUUUUUAGAUUUUAGAUGCCUUCCCACAUCCUGCUGAGAGUGAUUCCCCUGAGCAGCCCAUGCUCUCCAGCCCUCCGUCUCCUGCAGGUACCUGCCAGCCAGAAGAGGAAAUGCAGGUGGGUCGUGUCCUAUAUAAAAGUGAGACAUCGCUGGAUGCCCAGACGAAGAUGAGUCAGAACAAGGAUCUUUCUGUGAGGCAAAUCCAAGACUUCCUGGAACCCCAGAUGGGAUUGAAUGUGGAACACUACCUCCUGCCUCCUAAAACACUGCUGCGGUACGCUCUGCUCCUGGACAUUGUUCGGCCCACAUGCAGGAGGUCUGUCUGCUUUACGAAAGGCUAUGGGCGCUAUGUGGAGGGAACUGGCUCAGUACUGCAGUGCUGCGUGGAGACAGAGAUGGAGAGUGUGUUCAGAGGUCUGGAGCAAUGCUCUGAGGAGGAAAAACUCCAGCAGCUGGCCAAACUGAAGCUCCGUUAUUUUACUCCCAGAGAAGUUGCCAACCUCAUGGGUUUCCCUCAGAGCUUCU